AACGUCACUUCCUACAAACACGUUACCAGCCGACUGCUGCCGACUGCGUUUGGUUCAUACGCCGAGCUUGAAGUAAUUACCUAGAGCGCAUACUUUAGUCGCCGAUAUUUUGGUGCUGUGAAAAUGCUCGACCUUUUUACGAUAUUCAGCAAAAGUGGGAUUGUGUUGUGGUGUUUUCAAGGCACGACGCAGUUCUUCACUCCGUCGGUAAAUGCCUUGAUACGCACCGUUAUAUUACAGGAAAGAGGCGGCGACAACUCCUUCACCCAUGAGAACCUUGUUCUCAAGUACAAAUUGGACAACGAAUUUGAACUUGUCUUCGUAGUUGCCUAUCAAAAGGUGCUGCAACUGUCAUACGUAGACAAGUUCCUUGAUGAUGUCCACCUGGAGUUCAGGGAUAAGUACAAGGCAUGCUUGGAAUCUGGCAAUUUCUUUAGUAACUUCAACUUCAGCUCAGAGUUUGAGGAGGUAUUGCGCAGUGCUGAGGAGUACGGGAGAAUGGUGGCUACUCAGCAGAAGAAAAUGCGUACUUUUGAAGAAUCCCUCAAGUCAAAGAAGACUGUGGCAUCUAUGAUAGAGAACAAGAAGGAUGCUAAGCCUGCUGCUGCAAAGGGCAAGGAAGCUGCGAAGAAGAAACCCGAAGCACCCAAGAAGGAAGCUGUUGUAAAGGAAGUCACCAUGAAUGGUGAUGCCGGAGGAGACCCCAAUGAUGACGACAUUGUGAAGAACAGGCAGAAACUGUUCGAAAAACUGCAAGGAAAGAAGAAGCCCGAGAAAGGCGCAAAGAGCCCUGCUGCCGCAAAGGACAAGUCAAAGAAGCCUCGUAUUUGGGACCAGGGUGGCAAGUCGUCGGACCUCAAGACUCUUGACUACAGCGAAGGAGCACCUCCACAAGGCGAGGAAAGCGGUCGCUCGGAAGAGCUCCUGACUGCUGAGUCGCGAUCAUGGGUUGGCAAAGGUGGUGGGGAGAUUAAGGACAUGGAGUACUCCGAGAGCGAGGAGGAAAUUGACGAGGAAGAUGCCCCUGUCAGCUCAAAAAAGAAGUCCACCAAGGGAGGCAAGACUGGGGGCAUGUUUGGUAUGUUCCGUGGCUUGGUCGGAUCCAAGAGUAUCACAGCAGAGGACAUGGCCCCUGUUCUGGACAAGCUUAGGGAUCAUCUUAUUGCCAAGAAUGUGGCAGCUGAUGUGUCUCAAAAGCUGUGCGAUUCGGUGGGAGCCCGUCUGGAAGGACGUGUGCUGGGCAGCUUCACGGGCGUGGCGUCCACGGUGCGGGCCACCCUGGUAGAUGCGCUGGUGCAGCUGCUUUCACCCAAGCGCCGUGUAAACCUGCUGCGAGACGUCCUGGAGGCACAGCGUGCUGGACGCCCCUUCGUCAUUACCUUCUGCGGUGUGAACGGAGUUGGAAAGUCCACCAACUUGGCCAAGAUCUGCUUCUGGCUGAUUGAAAACAACUGCCGUGUGCUGAUUGCCGCCUGUGACACAUUCCGAGCUGGUGCUGUAGAGCAGCUGCGCACUCACAUGCGCCACCUGAAUGCCCUGCACCCACCUGAGAAGCAUGGCGGCAAGCAGAUGGUGCAACUGUACGAGAAGGGUUACGGAAAGGAUGCUGCAGGCAUUGCCAUGGAGGCCAUCAACUACGCUCGAGAAACAAAACUCGAUGUUGUCCUUAUUGACACAGCUGGAAGAAUGCAGGAUAAUGAACCCCUGAUGCGUGCACUGGCAAAACUAAUUACAGUGAACAAACCUGACCUAGUGCUCUUUGUGGGUGAGGCCUUGGUUGGUAAUGAGGCUGUGGAUCAGCUUGUGAAAUUCAACCAGGCCCUUGCCGACCACUCCAGUGAGGAGAGCCCACAUCUAAUUGACGGCAUUGUGCUCACCAAGUUUGACACUAUUGACGACAAGGUUGGUGCUGCGAUCUCAAUGACCUACAUCACAGGACAGCCCAUUGUUUUUGUUGGCACGGGGCAGACCUACAUCGACUUGAAAACGAUCAACGCCAAGGCAGUGGUGCAUGCACUCAUGAAGUAGACAGCACUGGUGAAGUUUGGCAGCCUUGCUUCGCUGACCUGGCUACCCUUCGCAGCCUUUCCUUCUUAGGGUAGUAGCAGUUUUGUUGAAAGUGCCACACUUUCUUUCAUUUUGGUUGAGAAAGAAGCCUUGUUAUGUCAAGUUUUUUUUUGUCGUGUUAUUGUGUUUACACGUAAAUUUUGAAGAACCGGGAGGUUCCUUCCUUGUUUUCGCUUGAAAACAACGUUUUUGAUAGUUACAUAUGCUACACGUGUUAAUUUUGUUACAUUCCUUUGAUGCUACCCUUAGUCGUUAUUUCAUCAUUUGUUGAGGAAUUCACACCUAUUAGCUUAAGUUCCCGUCAGUGUGGGAAACUACGAGCUCUGUCUGCUGGGCCUGACCACCUAAAUUUGUGUUUUACGGGCUUUCACAUCAUUUUCUUGUGCUUUUUGCUCAACACUAAAAAAAUUAUUUACAUAUGAUUAUUUGUACAGCGUGUUUUGAGCUUUUUAGCUCAAAACUAUACACAUUUUUAUGUAUUUGACGUUUAAUUCUGACCGUCAGUUUUUAAAAAAUCUUAGUCACACCUAAGGGCUGUAAUUAAUGCACCUUUAUUAAUUUUAUAUAUUUCAAUGCAAUGGCAAUGCUGUGUUGAGUGGCCCCGGUUUGAUUAUACUCUAUGAUAUGCAUAGUGCAUUUUGGCUGUGAAUUGCACCAGAACCUAACUGUGGUGUUUCGCUAACAUUGCCAUGUUGUGCUGUGGACGCUAUAAUCAGUUUACACUUGACUUGAGGAGCAGUGAUAAUUUGUGCCUGGAAAUAAAGUAUGUGUUUCAAUCUA